AACUCGGCUUCAGAUUACGGUUGGACAUUCAGGAGUCAGGAUCUCCUUGUUCUAGGUGAUUGAAGGGCGGUAAUUCUUGAUCUGCCCUUUGCUUAUGGGUCUGCGAUUAUUCCUGAUAUAUUGGUGCCAAGGUUUUCAUGUCUGAAUAGAUUUCAAAGCAUGGCGGUUUGCUGGAAAGUUCUUGAGCUAGGAUAAAAGCUUGGCCUGUGGAACGGAGGCUUUUCUAGCGCCCUGAGACCUUUGAGCUGUUCCUUCAGCUCUUUCACAUGGAGCUUGUAGUUUCCAGCUUCAGCUAGACAUGUGGUGAAAAUUGAAGGUUAAAUGGUCAAUUGUGUGUGCAUUGGCUAAUGCCCAUGUCGAUGGAGCCCAAGCAACCAGCCUGGGCUGUGCGCAUGUGCAAAGCAACCGUCCCGCGAGAAUUGCUGCUGAACGGAGUUGUCAGCGUAUGAGAACACUAAAUGGAGGGCAGCAAUGUUGGCCCCGAAGCAAAUUGGCGGCCGGGGGGUCGCCCAGACAGAUCAAAUGAUGGCUGGCGCCAAGAAAGUGGCGAUCGGCGCCCAAGAAAUGACAGCCGGCAGGGAGAGCACGCCAGCUGGCGUGGAGGAAGUGACAGCUGGCAGCGGGGACAUGGCGGCUGGCAUGGAGGACGCGACAGCUGGCGGGCCUCCCAGCAGCCUUCUUCACAGUCCAGGAACAGAACGGGUGACAAUGCUGAGCACUUUGGAACCACUGGCGCUCAGGGGCGCGGUCUGAGGGGCCAACAAAUUGCCGGACAAUAUGGCAACAGGAUACUCAGCUCGGAGCGUCCGCAGACAUGGUCUGAAACUCGAUCAAGGCAGGACACUCAGCAGAGGCGACCACAACAGCUUCCGCAGACUGGCCAAAGGGAAAGCGUGGGAGAGAUUACGGAAAAAGUGCAAGGUAUGAGCUUAGAAAGGGGCCCGCGGGAGACGGGUGGUAAGGAAGUUGCACGGGGCCUUCUGGGAACGUGCCUGGACAUGUGCCCAGAAAAGGAGCGCCGGGACCGAGAGCGGUUUAAGGACCUGGCGGUCUUUGAGAGGGUGGAUGGAAGCCGGGAGCGGACCUCUGCGGACCUAGCCGUCAAAAAGUUCUCGAGAAAUGCGGCCGAGUGCCCCGAGGACAUUCGCCCGGUUCCAGUGCUCCUGCGGACAAUGGAGUACCUUCUGGGCUUGCUGGACGAUCCCCGGGGGCAGUCCCUUGCGACAGUGCACGCCUUUCUCUGGGAUCGCUUCCGAGCCAUUCGGCAGGACCUCACUCUCCAGCACUGCGUCUCUCCUGCCGCAGUGCGCCUCCACGAGCAAAUGGCGCGAUUCCACAUUCUCUCCCACUACGAGUUAUGCGAAUCCUCGGGCCCCCAAGUCCGCGCUUCCCCCCCGGAAGAGGAGCGGUUCGAGCCGCAUAUGAAUCUGGAACAGCUGUCGAAGACGCUGGCCGGGCUGUUUCAGAUGUACGACGAUCUGCACCGAAAAGGGGGGGUGGAGUUCCGGACGGAGGGCGAGUUCCGGGCGUACUAUAUUUUGAUGCAGACGGCGAAAAGUGACGGACGGGUGGACGCUGCCGCCGUGACCCCCCUGCUGAUGCGUCUCCGUCCGGCGGUGCUCCAAUCGUGCGAGGUAUGCUUCACUCUGCGCGCCUUCUGCUGUGCGCGCGCAGGGGACUACGUCCGCUUCUUCAGGCUGGCCGCCGGGGCCUCUUAUCUCCAGACCUGCAUCCUUCACGGGGCGUUUCCGCAGGUGCGUUCCCGUGCUCUUCAAGUCCUCAACAAAGCCAGCAUGAAGGGCCAGGCCUGGCCGCUGGCCGCCCUUUCCUCGGUCCUUUCUACCGAGGGAGAGGUGGCUCCCAGCGUGUUGUGCUUAGACUACGGCCUGAGACUGGCCGAGGAUAGACAGGGGCAACCGGCCGUGCUUCUGAAUGAACCGGGCGUGAUAGUGCAAAGGCCUGUGAACACUGUACAUAGGAAGGCUAGGUUGGUAGACGGCCUCAGACGAUUGCGGUCGUUGAGAAGUGAGGUAGAAUGCAACGCGUAAUGUACGACGAGUAUUUGGCAAAAGAUGCGACGUCGAGUGUGGUUACAGUGGACUGUAUAUAUAGCAAUUUUCACUACAGGAAACGCUGGCUGCCAUUGCGGCGCGGCUGUCAUGCAUUUAAUCAAGCGAAGCACCAGAUGACAAGGAACAAACAUUUGGGUCUCGGUUGAGCGAGUGACCAGACAUGAUCCGAUCGAGGCGGCCUUGUCGAUUUCCGUGACUGUGACAGUGACUGGAGUAAAGUACAAAGAGUCCCAUCGGCCGGCCGGC